AUGAAAGGCCACGGCUCGCGGUUCGGACGGGGGCGGAAACUUGCAGCGCGCCCGCUCAUGUUUCUACUAGUGCUGGUGCUAUUGACUUGGAACGCCGUGCCAGCGCACGGACGCCGUGGAGACGACCAGCUUCCCAGCUGUGAUGCCGCACGCGCAAGUUACGAGGGUGGCAAGCUCUACGAUGUUCUGGGUCUAAAGCGCAGCGCUUCGGCAAAGGACAUCAAAAAGCACUUCAAACGCAUGUCCGUCAAGUGUCACCCAGACAAAGACCGCGAGAGCUCAAACGCUGAAGAUAAUUUCAUUGCCAUCGCGGCCGCCUACGAAACAUUGGGAGACGAGACGAAACGCAAGGAAUACGACACAUAUGGCUCGCCCAACCAGCGCGGCGGGCCAGAUGGAGGCUCUCCUCACCGUGGUACCAACGAUCAGUAUGCUUGGAAGCCCAAGCAAUAUCAAGACGUUAAUGUUGAUGAUAUUUUCAAGUCCUUCUUUGGUGGGAAUACGGGAGGUGGGAGCGGCAAACCAGGCAGCUUUCACUAUUCGUUUGGUGGAGCUCGGCCCGGUGACGCUGGCGACGAUGAUUUCGAGAACUUGUUUCGUGAUUUCAACUUUGGAAGCUUUGGUCAAAAGCGUCGACGCUCGUCAGCCGACAACCCGUUUGGUGCCAUUAACGACAUCUUUGGCGCCGCGUUUGGGGGACUGUUUGGCGAUCAGCCCACGCCGCCUCCUCCAGCCUCACCCAACAGCGAUUUCCUCAAUCUUGCAAACAAGCCGUUCACAUCUGCUUGCUCUUGA